UACCGUAACUAAGGCAACGUUAAACUAGGUUCCAUCGUUUGAUGCUCAGAAACCUCAACGUUAUGGUAGGAAGGGGAGUUUUUGCAUUUAUUUGAAAAGUCAGCUUUCUUCCUUGAUAAACAAGUCAGUAGAAAAGAGGAAAUAAUGAUGGCAAACAUCGAACGCUAAGAUGUCUGCAAUAAAAUAAGAGUCUUCUAUGCUGAAUGUGCAUUAAACAGAGAAAUGGAUAAGGAGCAACCCAACACCGUCGUCUUCAACUGUUCCAAAAAAGAGCUGUUUACUGCCAAUAAUGGCUACAAAUCAAUGCAGAAACGACUGCGAGCUCAAUGGAAAAUACAAAGCAUGAAGGAGGAGCUGUCUUUGGAGAGGCUGAAGGGUGUCAAGCUGUGGAUAACUGCGGGCCCCAGGGAGAAGUUCACAGCAUCAGAGCUGGAAGUUCUGAAGCUGUUUCUGGAUGGAGGAGGAAAUGUUCUGGUCAUGCUUGGUGAAGGAGGAGAAAUGAAAUAUGACACAAAUAUCAACUUUCUUCUGGAGGAAUUUGGGAUAAUGGUCAACAAUGAUGUUGUUGUGAGGAAUGUGUACUAUAAGUACUUCCACCCAACAGAGGCACUUGUGUCCGAUGGAGUAUUGAAUAGAGAGAUUAGUAGGGCUGCUGGAAAAAUGGUCACAGGACUCAUUGAAGAUGAGAAUGUUGGAAACAACGCACAGGCUCUUACAUUUGUGUACCCGUAUGGUGCCACACUAAAUGUGAUGAAGCCUGCUGUAGCUGUUCUUUCUACUGGCUCAGUUUGCUUCCCUCUAAACAGGCCUAUCCUGGCCUUCCAUCAAGGAAAGGAGGCUGGUCGACUGGUGGUGUCAGGUUCCUGCCACAUGUUCAGUGAUCAGUUCAUAGACAAAGAGGAAAACAGCAAAAUCCUUGAUUUUGUGUUCCAGUGGCUCAUGACUGAUAAUAUUCAACUAAAUCAGAUUGAUGCUAAAGACCCAGAGAUCACAGACUACACCAUGUUGCCAGACACAGGGUGCCUGUCAGAACAGUUUAGAGAGUGUUUGCAGGAGGGUGACGAAAACCCCAGGGACUUCACCUCUCUCUUUGUUAUGCCAUUGUCUAACUUGUCCAUGGACACUUUACCUGAAGUCAUCAGUGCUUACAAGCAGCUUAAUGUCAAAGACGAGCCACUUCAGCUUAUCACACCACAGUUUGAGACCCCUCUGCCGCCACUUCAACCUUCUGUAUUUCCACCCGCCUUAAGUGAUUUGCCUCCACCUAUGCUGGAUCUAUUUGAUCUAGAUGAAACAUUCUCCUCUGAGAAAGUGCGGUUAGCACAACUCACCAACAAAUGCACAGAUGAUGAUCUUGAGUUCUAUGUGCGGAAAUGUGGUGAAAUUCUUGGGGUGACUACAAAGUUAGAUAAAGAUCAGAGGGAUGCUAAGCACAUCUUGGAACAUGUUUUCUUCCAGGUGGUUGAGUUCAAGAAACUGAAUCAGGAGCAUGAUAUGGAAACAGAAGCACAGUUCACAUCAAUGUGAUUGGAUUCAGUGGACUUGCAGACAACUCAACUCUGUCGUCAAUUUCUUGUACUGUGACAAAGCAGGCAGAUGUUUUAUCUACAAGUAAAAGAAAAUAAAGGGACUGUCACAGGAGUUGUGGACAACGCAGUAUCAACUUGAUACUGUGGUGACUGAAAAUUGUAUGAAGUAUAUAUUUUGAUAUUCUUAUAUUGUAACCCACUUAAAAAUGUUCAAUAUACUUUGACAAAUAAAAACAAAUGCUUUUAUUUAUUACAAGCUUUAAAAACUUUUUAAAAGCAUACAGAUCCAUUGCAUGUAUCCUUUACACAUGGGCCUCGUAAAAUACAAAAGGGGAUAAAGUGGAAUUGCAGAUUGUUUACAAAACGAAUUACUCAAUUCAGCAUUUUACCUUAAACAUUUAAGAGUUUUAAAUUAUGUUUGGAUUUGGCCUUUAUGUGAAAGCAGUUCAAAAGCGGUGUACAUCUCUCCAACCCCAUGAAUUAUCUCUAUAUGUAGUUUGUUUGUAAAGAGAAACUUCAGUCAGAGAGACACUUCGGCUUGUGAAUGUUGUCCUGACUGCAGUUUUGGACUUCUUGUUUGCUCCAGAGCACUGGACUCCAUUGGUGGUUUGGGGC